AGAGCAUUUAAGCGCACCCAAAUGGGCAAUGGGCAUUGUGGCGGUCGCCUCAAGAAUGCUUGCCAGAAUUGAAUUUCAUAUUUUUGGAUGAGCGGUGGUGAAGGCUGUGUCUUUGGUGGGGCCCAGUUUGGGACAAAAAUUUCUUGCUUGCUUUUCAAUGUUUUCAUUCCUUACUUUCCUUUCCUCCAAACUUUCUUGAAUUCUGUCAUUACUUCUUUGGUGAAGCACAGCACCUCUUUUCUCUGACUUGGUUGGGGUUCUUGAAUGAGCACGAUUUCCAAUUCUUUUGUAGUUCAAGGAAGGGACAUAAUCUGGGCUCUCAAGAUUGGUUAUGCUAGUACUGAUUUCUGGAGGAGGUGUUUGAGGAUCCGUAAAGCGAUCGUGAUCUUUUUCGAUUUUGGCUGAAUUGGACGGUGUGAUUUUUGUUGACUUGGGAAGUCAACAGAUCAGCUGCUCAUGAAUUAUAUAGCCCAUUUGGGGAACAAAGACACUGUAGAUCAAGAGGGCUCCGGUUCUUCUGCCAUGCCAUCAAUCAGCCCUGUUCCCUCAUUUGGAAGCAGUGAAAGCACAAUCUCAAACUGCAGUGACGUCUCAGUGGAUGCCAAUUUUUACGACCGGAGAUAUGUUGAAGACAGCGGCACCGACAGUAGCCAGGAGGAUUCUGGUUCUACAGCAAAGAGGAAUCAGAAUGGUGCAAACUCACCAGUUAAUCUAAAUGGAUUUCAUCAAACUGAUGAUACAUCAAAACACGACUCUAGAGAAGUUGGUCGUGUCAAUAGUUUGGCAUCUGAUAGGGAUGUAGAAAUUGCUGAAGAUAAGGGAGAAUUGGAAAGAGGCAGCGAAAGAUUGAGUUCAUCUAAUGACGAGGCGUGCGGAUCAUCUCUUUUGAAUGAUGAUGUAGAUGCUGAAUUCUGGCUUCCUCCCGAUGCAGUAGACCAAGAGGAUGAUGUAUUUGGAAGUAUAACAAGUUAUGAUGACGAUGACGAUGAAUUUGGCGAUGGUGAGACCUGGGGGAAGCCUAGUUCUUUAAGCAGCUUCGGAGAAGAAGACAGUGGGAGUUACAAGUUCAAAGAGGAGAAGAUUAAAGCAAUGAGUGAUAUUAAAAAUGGGAAAUUUAAAGCCCUUGUUAGCCAACUAUUGAAGUCCGUUGGCGUUGAUUUAUUGGACAAUGGCGGUGAGAAUUGGGUUGAUAUAGUGACUGCACUAUCAUGGGAAGCCGCUGCUUUUGUGAAGCCUGAUGCACAGGAGGGUAAGGCUAUGGAUCCCGAUGGAUAUGUGAAGAUUAAAUGCAUUGGUACUGGAUUGCGCUCCCAAAGUCGAUUAGUCAAAGGUUUGGUGUUCAAAAAGAAUGCUGCUCACAAGCAUAUGGCGACUAACUACAAAAAUCCGAGGUUGUUGUUGAUACAUGGCUCGCUCGAUCUUUCUUCUGGUGGUUUGUCCUCAUUUGAAUCGAUGAAGCAGGAAAAGGAGAACGUAAAAUCUAUAGUUGAUAUGAUCGACAAGCACCAUCCCAAUGUUAUUUUAGUUGAGAAAUCAGUUUCUCGGGGCAUACAAGAGUCGAUUCUUGCGAAAGGAAUAACAUUAGUCAUUGAUAUGAAGCUGCACCGUUUGGAGAGAGUUGCUCGUUGUAUUGGGUCGCCUAUCUUGGCACAGGAAGUUUCUAUAGGUCAAAAACUUAGACAGUGUGAUUCUUUCCACAUCGAGAAAUUCGUAGAAGAGCUCUGUGUUUCCACUGAAGGUGGGAAAAAGCCGAGGAAGACUUUGAUGUUCCUCGAGGGUGCUCCUUCGCGCCAGGGAUGUACGAUCCUGCUAAUGGGAGCCAACAGUGAUGAACUGAAACGGGUUAAAUGUGUAGUGCGGUGCGCAGUUGUGAUGGCGUAUCAUUUGAUGCUCGAGACUUCCUUCCUUCUUGAUCAGACUGCGAUGUUCUCCACAUUAUCACCUAACGAUGCAGUGGAUUUAGCUCUUACUAACGAACAGUCUGCAUCUGAUGACGUUCAGAUUCCUAAUGGAUCCCGGAAAGUUGAAUCAAAUGAACUAAUCUUGUCAUCAGAAGGCGAUCCUUCGUUCUCAUUUGGGGCUUGCAGUCCAGCAACAUUUCCGGGAUUAUCUAUUUCAACAUCUAUUCAGAAAGUUAUGAAUGAUAGUUUUCCACUUCUCUCCGACUUGUCUCAUAAAUUACCAAAUUUCGACAGAAGAAAUGAGAACAGCCAAGGCGAACAAGAUGUCAAAAUUUCUCUUGAUACUGUAGAUCACAAUGGAGAUCAGCCUGAGGUUCGAUAUAAGGAAGAGAACCCCAUCAAUGAAGAGAAGCCUUCACUCCCGGAAGCUUCAGAGACAAACAAGUGCAGUGAUGGUAAUGGAGACCACUUGCAGAACAAAGAUGAUAUCAACUCAGUCUUGGACUCUGAGAGCAUCUUGAUUUUGAUGUCCAGCCGAAAUGCUUCACGCGGGACUAUUUGUGAGCAAAGCCAUUUCUCACAUAUUAAGUUCUACCGGAGCUUCGAUGUUCCACUGGGAAAAUUUUUGCAGGAUAGGUUACUCAAUCAGAGACUCCAGUGCAAGACCUGCGACGAACCCCUCGAGGCGCACUCCUUCUACUAUGCACAUCAUAAUAAGCAGCUUACAGUCCAACUUAGACGACUUCCCAGAAGUAAAGCUCUGCCAGGGGAAACUGAAGGAAGGCUUUGGAUGUGGAGCCGUUGUGGUCGAUGUAAAUUUCAGGAUGGGAGCUCUAAGUCUACAAAAAGGGUAUUGAUAUCCAAUGCAGCUCGUGGCUUGUCAUUUGGGAAGUUUUUGGAACUUGGUUUUUCGAAUUACUCUUCAUUCAAUAGGCCAUCUAGCUGUGGCCAUUUUUUCGACAAGGAUUUCCUCUACUUCUUCGGGCUGGGCACCAUGGUUGCUAUGUUCAAAUACUCACGGGUCGUCACAUAUUCAGUAGCACUGCCGCCUCAGAAAAUUGAGUUCAGCUCUUCAGUCAAAGCAGAGUUUCUUAGGAAAGAUUCUGAAAAUAUCUACUCAAAAGGAAUCUCAAUGUUCCUUGAGAUUGAGAAAUCAUUGAUGGACCUCCGUAAUCGAUAUGAUGGUGUAACUCUGAACAUCCAGGGCUCAAGCAAGGAGUUCUCAGAUGUUCUGGAGAUGCUGAAUCAGGAAAAAUCCGAAUUCGAGGCUGCGGUUCACAAUGCCAUGAAGAAUGAAACUGAAGAUGACGCCGUUUGUAAACUUCUGAGCUUAAAUAGAGUUCGAAUGGAGCUUUUGUUGGAAUCAUGUAUCUGGGAUCAAAGACUACAUGCACUGCUGUCGUCGCAUCUCAAGCUAAUAAAUUCUGAUUCAGUUGAUGCGCAAGUGCAAGAACAUCGGCAAUUGAAAGAGAAUGGAACCGUACAACUCCUCGGUGUGGCAGAAGUCGAUGUCGGAAAAUACGACAGUGCUAUAGAAAUUACUUCUGAAUCUGAAAUAAAGCUGGAUGCAUCUACAAACAGCAGUGAUCUUAUUAUCAAAGAAAUUCCAAUCGAAGGAUCCGGGGAAGGUAAAUUUGUCUCUGGAACUAUUGUUUCUGAUGAUGUUGUGAAUCCGGAAAUGAGUAAGUCGAAGGAAAAUGGAUCAGCAUUUAACGAAUACACGGCGAGACCUGCUUCAGAAGAUAAUAUGGGUUCCGUUGAGGGCGAUACUGAAGCGGCAGUGCCUGAUACGAACCAUUUGGUAAACGGUAAGCACAACGUGUCGAUGCUAUCGGAUUUAGAAGAGGAUAAAGGUUGGAUAUGGGCUCCGAUUUCUGACAUUUUUCAUGAAUACAUGGAGGAUCUCAAGAGAGGGUACUUACCCAAAUUCGAGUCUUGUAAUAGUUAUUCCGGCGAAUCUGUGGCGCAGAAACUGAUUUUGGAUGAGAGCUCAAGGCUGCAUAUACCUCUUGGUCCCAACGACUGUGUUGUCUGUGACUACGAAGAUGAAUUCUCGAGCAUAAUAGCUUGCGCUCUAACCUUACUAAUGGAUGUGCCUAUCGGAUCAGAUGUGGAUUUAACAGAAUACGGCCAACGAGAAAAGGAAAGCCUUCCGAGAAUGUAUUCGCUGACGGCACCUCGUUGGUCUUCGAACGGAUCCUUAGAUUCUGAUGGCAUCCACACUCCGCCUCUCAAAUCCUUGGAAGAUUUGCAUUCUUCCAGCUUCGAUGGUUUAGAUUUGUUGAAUUCGUUGGUUUCUUACGGCGCUAAUCACCCCGAAGUCUCUAUGGGUUUGGGGAAGCAUCCGGGAUCGCGUAAAUACUCUGUCGUGUGCGUGUACGCUAAUGAGUUCCGUCAAUUACGAGAUCGUUGCUGUCCUUCGGAAGUCAGCUACAUUGCUUCCCUUAGCCGUUGUCGGAAUUGGGAUGCCAAAGGUGGAAAGAGUAAAUCCUUUUUCGCCAAAACGCUCGAUGAUCGGUUUAUUAUCAAAGAAAUAAAGAGGACGGAGUUCGAUUCGUUUAUGAAGUUUGCGCCUAACUACUUCGAGUACAUGAAUCAGUGCUAUGAGCUGGGAAACCAGACCUGUCUCGCUAAAAUCCUUGGCAUCUACCAGGUUGUCAUAAGAGUGACUGCGAACGGGAAGGAGGCGAGGCAUGAUCUUCUGGUGAUGGAGAAUCUUUCGUUUGGCCGACAAAUGGCCAGACAGUAUGAUCUCAAAGGCGCGCUGCAUGCGCGAUUUAACUCGUCCGGCAACGGUGCCGGGGAUGUUCUAUUGGAUCAAAAUUUUGUAAACGAUAUGAACGUUUCUCCGCUUUAUGUCAGCAGGAAAUCGAAGCGCCAUCUGCAGCGAGCGGUGUACAACGACACAAAUUUCCUCAACUCGGUAAAUGUGAUGGACUAUUCUCUACUCGUCGGAGUCGACACUCAUCGCCGUGAACUGGUUUGCGGCAUCAUCGAUUAUCUCCGGCAAUAUACUUGGGACAAGCAGCUCGAGAACUGGGUAAAAUCUUCGCUCGUUGUUCCUAAGAACCAGUUGCCGACUAUCAUCUCUCCAAAGGAAUACAAAAAGAGAUUUAGGAAGUUCAUCGACACCCAUUUCUUGAGUGUCCCCGAUCACUGGUGUUCCCGAAGAUCUUCCAACCCUUGCAGACUCUGUGGCCCUGCCGAGACUGCCGAUUCAUCGCAAACGAAGGCGUCUGUGAAGCAAAGAAGCCAUGGCGACGAAUCAUCUUGCACGACAUCUCCGGUGCAAGGUAAAAAUGGAGUGAGUUUUUCGAAAUCUCCACAUUCUGGGGAGGAAAAUGGAUUCUUUACAUGAGUUAUGUCUAUCUCCUCUGUUGUCUGUUGAAGUCUUCUUAUAUUAUCGUAAACUUAAUGUCUUAUUGUAUAUAUAUUGUCAUAAAAUGCCGUUGGUCUGUCCCCUCUUCUGCUAUAUUUUUUACAGCUUAGUUCUGGGGGUACUUCGAUAUUUAUAGGUCAGCAUAGCCUAUUUACAUA